AACGGAAAUAAUAAUACAGUAUUGAAAAUCAAAGUUAAACGCGCACUACUCUUUUUAUGUCUGCAAUAUCUAAACCCACUCCACCGUCUUGUCACGGAGACAUGUGUCAUAUGAACACAUUUUGUCAAUAGUAAACUGUUACAUACAGCUUUAUGUGUAUAACAUAACCAUUAGAUUUAGCCGUAAGUUUCAGUGAUGGAUUUAGAUUUUAAACUGUCUGAGUUGCAGCUGAGCUUUUUAACUUGUGUAGACAGAGACACCAGCGUAAGACAGACCACACACAGACUCACAUACAGCCCGAGAGAGACGGGGAGACAUUCGCUUUCGCCGCCAUUGCGGUGGUAGUUUCUGUGAAUCUCAUCAGCGUCAAGCUGUAAAUAAAGUCACAACACGACACAUCUACUUUCAAGCGAGAUUUAAUACCAUCUGAAGCAGCGAGACAUCUUAGUGAGAUGAUCAAGCGAUGGAUCUAUGGAUCUCUGCAAACAUAUCCUUGGUCUGCAUUUGGAUGACGUAGCGUGCUUAUCAUGAACACCAGCAGCAAUGUAACCUUACCGGUGAACGGCACAGACGUGGGAGACAGCUGGGCCUGGAUCGUGGAGUCUGUUGUCAUAUUAGUCAUUGCCUUGUUUGUCUGUCUGGGCAAUUUGCUUGUUGUGUUGACCCUUUAUCGGAAACCCUACCUCUUAACGCCAAGCAACAAGUUUGUCUUCAGCCUGACACUUUCCAACCUCCUGUUGUCGUUACUGGUGCUGCCAUUUGUUGUUGCCAGCUCUCUUAAUGGAGAAUGGCUGUUUGGCGUUGUAUGGUGCAACUUCACGGCACUGUUAUAUCUGCUCAUCAGCUCUGCCAGCAUGCUCACGUUGGGAGCUAUUGCCAUUGACAGGUACUAUGCUGUGCUGUUUCCAAUGGUCUACCCUGUCAAGAUCACAGGUAAUCGUGCAGCAGUGGCCAUUGUCUACCUGUGGCUGCAUUCUCUGGUGGGCUGCCUGCCUCCUCUGUUCGGCUGGUCCACAUUUGAGUUUGACCAUUUCAAGAAGACAUGCACUGUGGCCUGGUAUCGUGAAGUCAGCUACACUGCAUUCUGGGUUGCGUGGUGCUGCCUGAUUCCACUGUUUGCCAUGCUGGUGUGCUACAGCCUCAUCUUUCGUGUGGCACGGCACAAAGCUCGCAAGGUGCACUGCGGGACGGUUGUGGUGGUUCAAGUGCCCGCAUCCUCCAAUAGGAAUGGACGAAAGAACUCCACCGCCUCGGUUUCUUCCAUCGGGAGUCGUAAAGGUUUGAUCUACGCUGGCAGCCAGUGUAAAGCCCUGGUCACCAUUUUGGUGGUGGUCGGCACCUUCUUGAUGACAUGGGGGCCGUAUGUGAUAGUGAUCUUCACCGAGGCGGUAUCGGGGCGAGGAAGUGUGUCAUCUGGACUGGAGACAAUGGUGACCUGGCUGUCGUUUGUCAGUGCUGCCUGUCAUCCUCUCAUAUACGGGCUGUGGAAUAAAACUGUAAGGAAAGAGCUGCUUGGCAUGUGCUGUGGUGACCGUCACUAUCGGGAAUCAUUCAUUAGCCGCCACAGGAAGUCCCGCCUCUUUAGCAUCUCCAACCGAAUCACAGAUCUUGGUAUGUCUCCACACCUGACGGCCAUGUUGGCUGGUGGAGGCCAGCUUUUAGGUGCUGGUAGUAGCACAGGAGACACUGGCUUCAGUUUUUCCCAGGACUCAGGUACAGAUAUCAUGUUGCUGGAUAACUGUUCUGAGGGAGCAGAAAGCUCACACUACAGUGCUUUAUUCAACAAGCGCAAGGGUUCAGUAAUGUUUGAGGACCAGGUGGAACAGCAGUCUAAAGCUGGUGAGGAUCAGUCUCAGCACCUGGUGAAGGCGGAGAUACACCAGGUGAUUGACAGCUUUGCGUCCAGUAUGGCAAAAGCCAUAGAGAGCGAUGCCAAACUUCUGCUGUUCGGUACGGAGUCUCUGACUGACAAUAUUUCAUCGGUUCAGCCCGCACAGAGGGGCUUGCGCUACCCAGAUGGCCAGAGGGUCCGUCUGGAGAGCAUCGAUGAGGGAAUUGUUAAAGAUGAAAAGGGUGAAGACGACGAAGAUGAAAUCGAGGAAAUAUGUGCAUAAAUUAAUCUGCAUAUGGGUGAUAUCUGAUUUGUAAUGCUCUCAAUGAAGCACAUAUUCUGACUGUGCAUUUUGGAGGCCAAAAAUCUCCAAGGUUCAUGACUAUCAUUAAUUCCACAAAGACUUCAUGAAAUGUAUUGUAAACUCCUAGCAAAAGAUCAAAACAAGUCAGUUUAAGCUUUUUAAGGAAAAGAGCUCUCUUGGAAAGGAGUUAAAUUUCCAAACAAUUAAAAAAAUGUAUAUACUAUAUAGGGCAGACUGGGGCUGGUUGUCACACUUUUUGCACCAGUGAAUAUUUCUCAGAAUAGGUUUAUUUCUGAAAUGCAAUUUCUGUUUAGAAACAAGUCUUGCGACAAAAAAAGCAUUUUCACUAUUAGUGCCCAGGAAAAAAAUCGGGGCAUAUUAUCACACUACAUGGGGUAAGUUGUCACAACGAGAACCUUCCAUUAAAUAGCAUAUUAUAUAUAGUAUUUUUAAGCAGUUAAACAAUUAUGAAGAGCAAAGUAAUUAAUGGAACAACAAAAAUUUAAAACUUGACAAAAAAUAUCAAACCAUUAUUUUGGCCAAAAGAAAAUUACAUUAAUAAAAUUGUGACCUGACAUUUUUGAAAAAAAAAAAAAAAAAAAACGUCCUAAAAACAGUUCAACAUUUAGGUUAAAAAUAAUUAAUCUAAUCUAAAAAAAUUUUAGAUUAGAGAGAAAAUUCACAAAAAAUAUUCUAAUUUGACAGUUUUGAACAAGGUGCUUAAAAACAGCAAAGGUAAACAAGCAUUUAUGCAACUAGAUGUCUGACUCAAACCCUUAUAGGUACUGAGAUGCAGCCCUGUGACAACUAGCCCCGGUCUCCUUUAACUGUAGUGACCUCAUUAUUCAAUAUAAACGAGGUGUGUAAUUUGUUUGUAGACAUGGAGGGGACCCAAAGGAAAAGUAAUCAUUUGUGUUUGUGUGUGUUUAUAACUGUUUAAAUAUUUAUCUUUGUCUGCUUUUAAAAUAUUGCAAAUUGAUUAAUGUCAUAUUUUCAUGUCGUACUGAGUCAUGUGGCCAGUACUGCAUGUUUGAAUACAUCCAUGAAUAAUGUUUAGACCUGCCAAAAUAUAUUUACCACUAUCCAUUAUGAGUGCAAAGUGUUGCUGUUUUCAAGCACUGAGUUUAUAACAUUGUAAAACUACAUUGACAACAAGUACAUGAUGCUCACAUUAAAUAUUUCUACAGUGAAAAAAAAUGUUGUAAAAUAUUUGUAAUACUAAGUCUUAUACUUUAAAUACUCCAGAUAUACAGGUGAAAAUUAUGGAAUAUAGCUGUCUUUGUAUUGCAUUUUAAGGUGUAAACAUUUUGUAAUUUAGUAUUCUUUUUUAUAAACAUUUAAAUUAUGAAUUACCCAUUGCCUUUUAUAUCAUAACUAUCUUUCUGAUAAUAAACAGCACUUGUAUUUCUAA